AUGCCGUCCGGCCCCCGAGAUGGCCUCCGCGCCGCCGUAUCUCCGGAGAUUAUGGCCACCGAGACCACCGAAGAAGCCGCCCCUCCCGCGCACGCCACUAUCGAUAUCCGUGGUACCGCAACACCACUAGACCCUUCAUCCCCCAACCCUCACUCCGGGAGAAAUCCAAACCCAAAGCCCGGCGCUAAUCCUCCCCUGCUGAACCUCCCGCCCGAGAUCCGACAUCAGAUCUGGGCCGAAAUCCUCAGUGGCAAUACCAUCCACCUCGAGGUCGAAAGGGGUUCUCUACGCGGCACAAAAUGCAUAGCCCGAGACCCGAGUAAAUGCCAUGACGCCCCCUUCACUCGCGGAUGUCAAGCAUCACGGGAUCUAGAAAGGAGCCAGAAGACGAAGCCAGCAGCGGGGGGGAAGCUAAACCUUCUACCCCUCUUACUGACCUGUAAGCUAAUAUACACCGAAGCAAUCACCCUCAUCUACACCACCAACACCUUCACCCUCCUCAACCUCAGCACCCUCCACUCCCUCCCCCUCCUCCUCCCCUCCCACCUCCACAGCAUCCGCACCCUCCUCCUCAUCACCGGCAUCUCCCCCGGCACAAACCACUCCAUCCUCCCUCCCCGCCGCCAUCCCGGCUCGGUCCUCGAGCUCGACGACGACUACGUGGCCGAGUGGGCGGUAGUAUGGCGGAUGCUAGCUAGUAUGCAGGGGCUGCGGGCGCUAGAUGUGGAGUUUGUGCCUGUUAAUCAUGCGGGUUUCUUCUCACGCAGGGAGAGUAGCGAGAUGGUGCUGGAGAAGGUGGGGGGAGGGGAGGGGGGGAGGGCGAGUAUUCAUCUCCCGAGGAGGAGGGGCUUGUGGUGGAGGUCGACGGUGGCGAGGUCAGCGUUGGCGGCGUUGGAGGGGGUUUACGGGGGUGGUGGGGUGGAGGGGCCGGUUGGGGAUGUGGCGGGGUGGGCGGAGGAGGGUGGUGAGAUGUAG